AUGUCGUAUCCCGAUCACCACGACUACUACCCGCCCCCCACCGACGUCUACAGCACCGGCGGCCCCAAGGGCUACAUGCCCGCCAUGGACUCGACCGACUCGCUCACGGGCCGACGCGGCGGCGAAAAGGACUACGACAGCGACGCCUGGGGCAUGAGCGCCGGUGGCGGCUACUACAGCGGCGACAGCAGCGCGUACUACCGCUCCGGCGCCCCUCACAAGGGCCGCAAGAAGAUGUGGUGGAUCAUCGGCGCCGUCGCCCUCGCCGUCAUCGGAAUCGGCGCAGGCGUCGGCAUCUACCUCGCCAAGCGCGGCGACAACUCCUCGUCCGGCUCAGCCUCGGGCGCAGUCAAGUCGGACCCCAACGACCCCAGCAAGUUCGACAAGGAUCCGAGGCUUCACCAGUCCCUCUACGGUCUCUGCUAUACCCCGCUAAACUCACAGCUACCGUCCUGCGGCGAUACGCUGGAGCAGGUGAUCGAGGACGUGCAGAUCAUGUCGCAGCUGACGAAGCGGAUCCGCACGUACGGUGCCGACUGCGACGUGCCGGCGCUGGUGCUCGAGGCGAUUGCCAAGACCAAGGUCGACAUGGAGGUCUUCCUCGCCGUGUGGGUCGACGACAACGCCGUCACCUACAAGCGCCAGGUCGACUCGCUCACGGCGGCACUCAAGCAGCACGGCGCCGACCACGUCGCCGGUGUCAUCGUAGGCAAUGAGGUCUUGCUGAACGGCGGCUCGGUGUCGGACCUGGUGUCCAAGAUGUCGGACAUGCGCACGACGCUGGCCGGUCUGGGGCUGAGCAAGACGCCGCCUGUCGGCACGUCGGACGCCGGCUCGAUGAUGACGGCGGCGCUGGGCGAAGGCUCCGACUUUGUCUUUAGCAACACGCACCCGUGGUUUGGCGGCACGCUCGUCAGCGACGCAGCCGGUUGGACGUGGAGCUACACGCACAACCAGGAGCCCUCGACGGUGCUGUCGGCGCCCAACAAGCCUACGGUCUACGUCGGCGAGGUCGGCUGGCCGACGGGCGCCAACGAGACGCGCCUCGAGACGUACGAGGGCGCCGUGGCCGGCGUGCCGCAGCUCCAGACGUUCCUCGACACGUUUGUCUGCGAGUCCAACACCAACAUCACCGCCGGCACGGGUCAGCCCUACUUCUACUUUGAGGCAUUCGACGAGCCCUGGAAGGACGCCCAGUUUGGCGGCGUCGAGGCGCACUGGGGCCUGUUUACCAAGGACAAGAAGCUCAAGGACGGCAUCACCAUCCCCACGUGCAUCUCGCCUUGA